AUGGCUGGGAAAAGCUACACAGAGGGUCGCUUUUUGGCCGCCACCGACGACCAGCGUCAAGAGCUCCCCACUGGAGCAAGACUUGGUUCGGCGGCUGGAUAUCUUUUUGAUGACAUUUGGGUGCAUAUCUCAGGAUAUCUUGACCAAACAAACAUCAGCUCGGCAUAUGUCUCCGGCAUGAAGGAAGAUCUCGAGCUGUAUGGUGAUGAACUCAACUACUUCACCACCUUCUUCAGCAUCUCAUAUUGCCUCAUGCUUAUCCCAUCCCAAGUCAUCAUUACCUACGUACGUCCAAGUUACUGGUUGCCGGGACUGGAAAUUGGCUGGGGCUUUGUCACCGCCUUCAUCGCCUUCACUCAAAAUGCCCGUCAAGUUUAUGCACUGAGAGUCUUGCUUGGUCUCUUUGAGAGCAGUGCGUGGCCGGGGAUGAUGACCCUCUUCAUGUACUGGUACACACCGAUGGAGCUUGCAAAACGCAUGGGGUUCUACCACUCAUGCCAAGCCCUUGGAUCGAUGAUGUCUGGAGCCCUCCAGGUAGCAAUUCUCGAGACACUAGAGGGGACCUGGGGCCUUCGGGGAUGGCGCUGGCUCUUUAUUAUCAACGGCAUCAUGACUUUGGCCAUUGGUCUCGCCGGCUUCUUCAUGAUCCCUGACUACCCAAAGCUGCCAAACCCCGGAGCAUUCUGGCUCAGCGCUGACCAUGCUGCCAUGGCCACUGUGCGCCUCGAUCGGCAUGGCCGGUCUGACACCAAGCGCAUCACCUGGGACAGUGCCAAACGGACCUUCUCUAUGUGGAUUGCCUACUUCAUUCCUGCCCUUUACAUCGCCACUGUUUUGGCUCCGUACGGAUACAACUACUUCAACCUGUUUCUCAAGAGCUUGAAAAACCCUGACGGGACACCGACAUGGACCACAGAGGAGGUAAAUGCAAUUCCCAUCGCCGGAGGAGCUAUCAAUAUCGUGUGCGUCUGGAUAUGGGCAAUCCUGUCCGAUGUAUUUCAAACAAGAUGGACUCUUGUCGUCGCCCAAGCUAUCAUCGGACUAAUCCCUUGCACGAUUAUGAGUGUGUGGACCUCACAUCCGGAUACAACACCAUUAUCAUCAGCCUAUGCUAGUUACCUGAUGACCUAUCUAAGUCUAGGAACUGCACCGUUGGUCAUGUCCUGGCUGUCUGAGCUGCUUCCUCAGGACUCCGAAGCUCGCACACUGAUUAUUGGGUAUUCGAUUGCUGGUGUUUAUGCUGUGCUGUCAUGGUCCCAGGUUCUCAUCUGGCCGGCUUCGCAGGCGCCGUAUUAUGCAUAUGCCUGGCAGCUCUCGAUCGUCUUUUGGUUGUUGGUCAUUGUCAUGUGUAUUGCUUUGCGGAUUGCGGAAAGGAAACUCAAGAGACCAAGAGCCAAUUCUGCUUUGCUCGGCGAGGACGAUACCUCAGCCACUUAUAGGGACAUCCCAGAAAGCUAG